AUGCUUGCGGUCUCUGGCCGAUCGCUUGGGGCUCCGCAACCGCGUCGGCGCAGCGGUUCGAGAGGUUCUCGUACCUGGAAAUCGUUUGUGCUCAACUGGCUUCCCCUGGUGCUUGUUUCGGGGCUCUUCUCGUGGGGCUACUACGCCUACGUUGUUGUGUUCUGCGCAUCCGUGAUCCAGGACAGUGCCCUCAAAACCACCGCCUUCGGCAUCGUAUUUCACCUGCUGCUGUUUCUCUGCCUGUGGUCUUACGUGCAGACCACGGUGGCGUCCAUCGCACCCGUGCCGCCGCUCUACCGGCUGACCAGAGGCGAGCAGCAGGCGCUGGAGAACUGCCACAAUGAGCGAACUCGCCGAAGCGUGCUCGACGUGAUGGCCAUCGAACGCGGCGUGCUUACCCUCGGCGCCGACGGCUGCGCGCGAUACUGCGAGGACUGCUGCCUCAUCAAGCCCGACCGCUGCCACCACUGCUCCGUCUGUCGAAGGUGCAUCCCGAAGAUGGACCACCACUGCCCGUGGUUCAACAACUGCAUCUGCUUUAACACCUACAAGUUCUUCCUGCUCACGCUAUUCUACGUGGUGGUCCUGUCACUCUUCGCCGUGUUCACCACGGGAAAACACGUGAUUUUGAUGUGGCUGAAUGCGCGAAUGACGUCGUCCACCUUCCAGCUCACUUUCCUGAUGGUCCUGGGGACUGCGCUGGCGCUGGGACUCGGCGCGUUCCUGUGGCACCACGCGCGCAUGGCCCUCAGCAACGAGACCACGCUCGAGCAGAUGCGUGCCGUCGUCUUCCGGGACACCGACGACUCGUUCGACCUCGGCUACUGGCAAAACUUUGCUCAGGUGUUCGGUACGCGUAUGUCGCUGUGGAUGCUUCCCGUGUUCACCAGUGUAGGCGAUGGACUGCGGUUCCCCACGAAGAUGCACCCACUCCCCGGAACGUCGCAGCACGAACGCUCGGUAGAAGCGACUUACUCGACUGGUUCGACCGUCGGUGAUCUGUCGUCGGCCUCUGCGGCUGUGAUCCUAUAG